AUGUCUACUAGCUCUCCUAUUGCCGAGAGAGAGAUAUCUGGAUUAAAGAUUUUGGAGAGCGAUGUACUAGGCCAGUUAAAUGAAAAUAACUUCGUACAGAAUUGUAUAGAAAUUCUUGUCGAGUUCUUCAAUGCCAAGGAAUACAAACUAUCGUUUCAUUCCAAUAUAUCAGUAUCAUUACUGGAGCGUAGAAGCGAGUUGGAGGUUCGUGCACAGAAAGGUGGAGACGUAUAUAUUUCUUCUUCAAAAACAGAGGCUGGCGAACCACCACCGCCAAGCCCGGAGCUGGUCACGUCUGUAGCAGAUGCCUUGCACAAUAUUAGUGCUUUCACAAACUGCCCCAUACAAAACUGGAAUGAACAAGGACUUUUUAGGCUUUUGUUUAGAUGUUCUUCCUGGUCUGGUGCUGCAGUAAGAAGUACUCAUCAAGUGCGCGCUGCUGCUUGUCGCGCUCUUCUUGCAGUGACGUCACAUAAAUGUGUUCGGGUCUCCCUUGCAGCAACCAAGGAUUGUCUUCACAACCUGAUAAAUACGCUGACAGCAUUUGAUGAAGUGGUCAUUUUGUGGAUUAGAUGGGCAAAUUGUAAGUAUAUUGAAAGGAAAAUAAAUGGUAGAAAAGGAAUAUGUCUGACACGGAUGGUUCGGGGAAUGAAAGAUGAUAUCGGGGUGGAGUGUAUAGAGGCGCGUAAGCAAGGCUUAUCUGUUCUCGGAGCGCUACUGGGUGAGCGUAGUGUUGUGGACAGCCUUUGGACACAACUCAGGGACGUGAAAACAGUGCAGUUGUUUCAUUUGUUACUGCAAUGUCUGGACAACGAUGAGAUAGAACUUCAAGAUGCGGCGCUGUACUGUCUCACCCAGCUGGCUCAAUCCAUGGCUAACAAGAAACACGUAGACAAGUCCCAGGACGAGUCCUGUUCCGAAUUUUAUGACAAUUUGAAGUCUCCUUAUUGGGAUGGGAUAAAAAGUGAUAAAGUUGGUGCUGGCGAUAGCCCAAGAAAUGUCGACUGUCAGCCGGAGUAUAUUUCAGAAGAGCUCUGUAAAGCGUUGAUAAAUUUAUAUCACAAUUUGUCAUUGAAAGAUAAGAAAUAUCUGUCUAGUCAAGAUGACCGUUGGGUCCGGGUAUGCUCGUGCCUGUCGUGGGCGUGCGCGGCGAGCGCCCGCAGCCGCGCGUACAGCGUGCACCGCGCCUUGCCGCGCGCGCUGCUGGGCACGCUGCAGGCCGUGCGCGACCACCUCUCCAUGUUGGGGAAGCCUGCGGAUGUCAUCCGGAAUGCUAACAACAGUCCCGUUCUUCGCACAUUGUACUGGGUACUCACAGUCAUCGACUGUUGUAUGGUUGAAUGUUCGGCGGCCAAAGAAAGCUUCGCAGAGGAGAACUUGGUUAUAUCUUUGUGCAGACUGUGGCCGUGGUGUAUGAUGACAGAGCAGCUGCGGCACGCCGUUAUACACUUGUUGUAUACAUUUACUAAUAAUUGUCCAAAAGCGUGGGCAGGCGCCAGCUCGUGCGUGGGCGGGCGCACGCUGGCGGGCGAGGUGUGCGCGCUGGUGGCGCGCGAGGCCGCGCUGCAGGCCGCCUCGCGCCCGCACCCGGCGCUGCCGCUGGCGCUGCACGCGCUGCGCCGCCUCGCGCCGCACCACCACUGUCGCGCCAUCAUACUCAAGAGCGAUGCGCCGGUGAGUUUGCACCGGCUGUGCCUCCGCAGCCGGGUGCGCGGGUCGGGCGCGGCGGGCGCGGCGUGGGCGCGGCUGUGCGAGGCGCUGGCGCGGCACGCGGACGGCGCGGGCGCGCUGCUGGCGGCGCGCGCGGGCCCCGGCGCCCCCUCGGCGCUGCCCCCCGCCGCCCGCGCCCCGCUGCUGCCCGCCAUAGCGCACGCCGCGCACCAUCACAGGCAGACCUUCCUACAGUCCCCCGAGUUGCUAGAGUUGUUAUGUGACACGUUGCUCGCCGGUGACACAAUCGAGAUCGUUUCGGCAGCGCGUGCUAUCUGGGCUCUAGCCGCUAACAAUCAUAAGGCAAAGUUAGUGUUGCGGAGCGCUGGCGCUGCGGCCGCUGUGUACAGCACGUUACAGCGACUACAGAGGGUCAACCGAGACGGAGAUAUGCAGAGAGCCAUUCAACUACUCAUCUACACCAACACAGUUCUCCAGACCCAUUGA